AUGAGAGAAGGGUUUAUAAAGACGAGCAGGGGGAGGCAUCUUUCACUACUUUAAUUCACUUCACUUGUAUAUUUACUUGUCCUGAAUACAAGAAAUGGCGGAAGGAGUUCUAUUCAACGUUGCAGCACAGAUCAUCGGAAGGCUAGGCUCCCUUGCUUUCCAAGAGAUCGGAUUGAUUUGGGGUGUCCAAGAUGAGCUCCACAAGCUCCAGGAGAUUGUUGCCGGAUUCCAAGGUGUUCUUCUUGACGUUGAGCAAAAGCAAACCAACAAUGAAGUCAAACUAUGGCUCGAAAGCGUAGAAGAUGCAGUAUGAAGCCGAUGACCUGCUGGAUGAGUUUAAUACUGAAGCUCAGCAGAGACAAAUGAUGUGUGGCAAUACUAAGAUGUCAAGGAAGGUACGCCUCUUCUUCUCUAGCUCAAAUCAACUUGCUUUUCGGCUAAAGAUGGGUCAUAAGAUAAAAGAUAUUAACAAGAGGCUUCGUGAGGUUGCAUCUCGUAGAGCCUUUCCCUUAGAAGUAAAUCGUGAAGAUACACGAUUUAUAAUUAGAGAGAGGAUCACUCACUCAUUUGUCCCUAAGGAAAAUGUUAUAGGGAGAGAUGCAGAUAAAAAGGCAAUUAUUCAACUUUUGUUGGAUCCCAUCUCAACUGAGAAUGUGUCAACCAUUUCCAUAGUUGGAUUUGGAGGAUUGGGGAAAACUGCUCUUGCCCAACUCAUAUUCAACGAUGAGGUGAUUCAAAAUCAUUUUGAGUUGAAAAUAUGGUCAUGUAUCUCUAAUGUAUUUGAGUUGGAUAUAGUCGUUAAGAAAAUACUAAAAGUUGACAAGAUUGAUAUGGAUGAGCUGCAAAAUGAUCUUAGAAGAAAAGUAGGUGGAAAGAAAUACCUAAUUGUGUUGGAUGAUGUGUGGAAUGAGAAUCGGGAGAAAUGGCUUAGCUUGAAGUACUUGUUAAUGGGGGGUGGAAAAGGUAGUAGAAUACUGAUAACCACUCGUAGUGAAACAGUUGCGAAGAUAUCAGACACAGCUAAACCGUACAGCUUAAGGGGUUUGAAUCAAGAGGAAAGUUGGUCUUUAUUUAAGGAAAUGGCUUUUAAAGAUGGAAAAGAGCCAGAGAAUUCAACAAUUAAGGCAAUUGGGAAGGAGGUUGCAAGAAAAUGUCAGGGAGUUCCACUUGCUAUAAGGACAAUAGGUGGGAUGUUGCGCACCAAAUAUCAUGAAACAGAAUGGUUGAAUUUCAAAGAAAAUAAACUUUCAAGAAUAAAUCAGGAUGAAAAUGAAAUUUUACCGACACUUAAACUAAGUUAUGAUGUGCUCCCAUCACAUUUGAAGCAUUGUUUUGCUUACUGUAGCUUGUUCCCACCUGAUUAUGAGAUCUCUAUACCGAUGUUGAUUAGACUUUGGGUGGCGCAAGGGUUCAUUAAGUCAUCCGGUGAAAACGAGAGUUUGGAGGAUGUUGCGUAUGAGUAUUAUAUGGAAUUGUUGUGCAGAUCGUUUUUUCAAGAAGAAGAAAAAGAUGAGUUUGGUAUAAUAACAAGUUGUAAAAUGCACGAUCUCAUGAAUGAACUUGCAAUCUUAGUGUCAGGGGUCGGAAGCACCAUUGUUGAUCUGAACCAAAAGAAAUUUCAUGAAAAGCUUCGUCAUGUAUCUUUCAGUUUUCAGGUUGAUCCGUUGAAAUGGGAAGUGCCAGCUUCCUUGCUAAAAGCAAAAAAGAUACGAACUUUUCUUCUUCCUUGCCAACAGCAUAGAAGUAGUUCAUUAUGUAAUUCAUUUUGCGUUACAAUUAUUUCAAAUUUUAAGUCGUUGCGUAUGUUGAGUCUCAAAGAUUUUGGAAUUUCAAAAUUACCUAUUUGUCUUAAAAAAGUCAAACAUUUGAGAUAUCUUGAUCUUAGUGGUAAUCGCAUCGAGAGACUUCCAGAUUGGAUAGUUGGACUUUCGAAUUUGGAAACACUUGAUCUC